CCUGCUUGUGCGCGCUCCCCGUUGCACAGUGGAACACCGAUCGUUAGCGUGGCAACACGAUCCUCCAGACACAGCAGAACACCGAUCGCUGUACGGGACCUCUCUGUGAGGUCCCGAUCAUGUGAUCACUGAUUGGCCAAUCAGUGAUCACAUGAAUAGUAGUAAGCAAGAUGUCACUUCUGACAUCAUUGCUUACUACGUGUGAAAUCUGAAUGAUCACAGAGGUCACAUGGUACAAGGCUAUUCACAACAGCCUUGUACCAUGUGACAAGCUGUGACCAAUCACAGCUCAC